AUGAAAUGUUUUCCGGAAGGGCUGACCUCUCUCUUGUUUGUCGUCACCAACCUUGGGGUUAUCAACUCAACUGUCUUCAGUAGCCCCAGUUUGGCAUCAGUCACCAGUCUGGCAUUAGCCAACAGUGGCAUCCAAAGAAUUGAACCCGGAGCUUUCCACGCUUUCCAAAGCCUCACCAAACUCAGCCUGUACCAGAACAGUCUUACCAAUGUGAUGGCUUCUUGGCUUCCCAACCCUGGUUAUUUAGAAAACCUGACAGUGGCUCAGAAUCUCAUCCCAGAAAUAGGACGAAACAUGUUUUCCGGCUUCUCCAACCUGACAACACUUAAUUUAGCCCACAAUCGAAUCCGUCGGAUUGCCAGUGGGAGUUUUAAGGACCUGUCCAAGCUAACGUUUGUGGACUUAUCUGGCAACAACUUAACUACUUUAACCAGAAAUGUGUUCAUUGGGCUGAUGCCCUCGGUCCUUAAGCUUGGGAACAAUCCAUGGCAUUGUUCCUGUGACAUGUGGGAUUUUGGAUUAUUUCUUCAAGAGCUGAUCAAUGCAUCUCUGCUAGAAGAUGCGGAUUCCGUGGUAUGCCGCAGUCCCGCAAGCCUGGAAGGAACGCACGUUUGGAACAUUUCCGACUUCAACUGCCUGCCGGUCUUCCCGUCUUCAGCCGGCGGGAGUGGUUUCCGUAAAGUGGGAUUGCCUGUAUUGCUAGCAUGUCUAGUGUUCAUUUCCUUCAUUUUAUUCCUGUUGAUCUGGGCCUUGAAACGAGAUAAACAAGUUCAACCAGACAAAGCAGCUACUAGGUCAACCAGCAACGUGAAAGCAAGUAGCCAUGUUGACUCCUUGGCUGAUUCCAGACACUUGGGUGAAAAGUUCCAAACGGUGGAGGUGGGCGUGUCUCCACACACCGGGCUGCUAAAAGUUCGGGCGAAAUCGGCUGCCGCCAUUUUGCUGCGGAAAGAGUUCCAUCCGGGACGACAGCUCACCCAUCUAGCGGAUGCAAACCAGGAACAUCUGACGACAACAGUGUCAUUAAAUAACCAACACUACGUAGCAAGUGAACACUUGUGUAAUGUUACGCAGCUGUGGUAUUAUCAGAAACUGGAAGACGGGAAGGGAAAGGACUUUCCAAGUUCAUUUUUGGCUGAAGUCGAGGUAGAAACAUCAGUGACCAAAGCCACUUCCGAAGCAACAAAGCAAAUAAUUCAGGACCACCGGAUUUCGGAAGCACCCAAGAAUGAACAUAUAGCCCACAACGAAACUGAAAAUACGGAGCCAUUCUUGUAUUUAAGUGUUACUACAACCAAUGAAGAACUGACUGAUGCUGAACCCAAAAAAGACAUGACCACGAAAGCCGACAGAAGCCAUCUUGUCUCACUGAAGCGAGCUCUGACGUGGCCUUAUGGGAGAAGUACUGUGGAUCAGAAAUCAGCUGUCUUAAGUAUUAGGGAAUCUUUCUUGGCACAAUUCUUCUUGCCCAUGCUAGGUGAGCCGCGGCAUGUUUCGAACUCGGAACAUGAUGAACAGCAGCUGUAUAUGCGCCCCAGAAAAGAGUUUCGGAUAUAUGACAGUGAUGGAUCUGAAUUAAACGAAGAGGGAAAGCUAACCAAAGAAACGGAUCCUCCAGAUAAGAGAGAAUCGGAUGCAUGUCAGUCAAUGAGUGUUGAUAAAUUGGAAUUUGCUAAGCAACCGGAAAGGCAGAAUGAGCUACAGGAAUGCUCCAGAAAGGAUGAUCAUGACAACAGAGCUGAAUUAAAUGCAGAGGGAGAAGCAACCAAUCAAGCAGAGCUUCCAUUCCAGCAAGAAUUGAAUGUAGAAGUUACUCCAAGACAUUCCCAUGCUCCACAGUCCAGAAUUAAAGCGGUGAAAUGCCCUACAGGGGUGAAAAAGAAAAAUGUGCCCAAAUCAGUAUCUUCUCGGUCAGGAGGCCACCAUGAAUCCGAUCCAUCUCCACUGCCGUCGGAUGACAUCAAUCCAAGAAGUCCUCCGUGUGGCAACGUCUUCCCAGAAAGUAGCAAUCAUAACUACAUCAAUCUCUUGUAUGAAGUUGUGGAGAAUCGUGGGAGGUGGACCAGAGAGAGAUGGAAACAGACUCAUCGAAUCGGUGCCAUGAACCCGCCCUUGACAAAAUCCAAGUAGAUUGUGUUGGACUCCAGUUUAAUAUUGCAUAUCCUAGCUUGUGUUGCCUGAACAUUUUCAUUGCUUUUAAACCACCAACCAACCAGGACUUACAGAUAAGUAUAGCAAACAUGGAUAUA